AUGAGUAGCGAAAUAGCCGCCUUCGAAAAUGAGAUCAGGGAGUACAAGUUACAGAUGGAGACAGUCCAACUUGGACUCCAGGCAGACCCAGAUAAUGCAGAUCUUCAUGAACUCAAGGCUGAACUCGAACAAGUCAUUGCCCUCACCGAAGCUACGAUCGCAGAGCUAAAGCCUUCUUCAGCGCCAGCAGUAGUAUCGAAGAAGACACAGGAACCGCCAGUAAAGGAGAAAUGGUCCCGAGAAAAUCACCCCGCCUUCAAGAAGAACGCACCCACCCCAGCAGAAGAACCCGAGAUACCCACGAGCUUCAAAGUAAACGACAUGGUACUGGCGAAAUGGCACUCGGGAGACAAGGGAUUCUAUCCGGCGCGGAUCACAUCAAUCACAGGUUCUUCCACAGCUCCAGUUUAUAUUGUCAAGUUCAAGAGUUAUGACAACACAGAGACUCUGCGAGCCAAGGAUAUCAAGCCCAUCGCCAAUCCGAACAAGCGCAAAGCUGAUGGCACACCAGUCGCUACUGUACAACCAUCACCUCCGGUCAAUUCGAACGUCAUUUCCGCCGCUGCAGACAUCAAUCCAGAGCUUGCCCACCAAACCAAGCGCGAGCCUAGCAAGGUCAGUGACGGUCCCGUUCGGCCAGCCAAGGUCCCCAAGAAGAUCAAGGCAAACAAGGAAUUGGAAGCCGGCAAAUCGAAAUGGCAGGAUUUUGCGGCGAAGGGCAAAUUUGGGAAGGCUGCGAAAAAAGAAAGCAUGUUUCGGACUCCAGAGGGUGUAAAUGGUAGAGUUGGAUUCACGGGUUCCGGUCAAAGCAUGCGGAAAGACCAAACGAGAAGCCGUCACAUCUACCAGAACAACGGAGAAGACGAGUUCUAG